AGACACCAAGCCCGACGACGACGACUACCUCAAGAUGCCUCACUCAUUCGGUUACCGGGCGCGUACGCGCGACAUGUUCAAGCGGGGGUUUAAGGACCACGGCCCCGUUAAACUCUCGACUUAUUUGAUCCCUUACCGCAUCGGCGACAUUGUUGAUAUCAAGGCCAAUUCUGCCCAGCAAAAGGGUAUGCCGCAUAAAUAUUACCAUGGCCGGACGGGUAUUAUCUACAAUGUCACUCCCCAUGCUGUUGGUGUCAUCGUCCACAAGGUUGUGGGCAACCGCUACCUGGAGAAGCGCGUCAACAUCCGUGUUGAGCACAUCAAGCACUCAAAAUGCCGGCAGGAGUUUUUGGACCGGGUGAAGCGGAACCACGAGGCACAUGUCGAGGCGAAGGCCAAGGGUGAGCGUGUUUCGUUGAAGCGCCUCCCUGGUCUCCCGCGUGAAGCCCGCACCGUCUCUUCCGCCGACAACACCCCUCAAACUAUCGUCCCUGUCCCUUACGAGACCACUAUCUAAAAUGUUUCUCGGCGACUGGGAGUGAUGGCCGUGCUGGAUCGUCGUGCAUUUUCACCAGGUUUCUACUCAUGUUUUACCUUUAUUUUCGCCAUGAGACUAUGCAACGAAUA